AUGAAUUUCUUUUAUGUUAAAAUAUUUUCCUUGCUUUUUGUUUUAAGGAUUUGUGAAGUAUUCCAUACGAGUGAAAUUAAUAUUUUGAAAUAUAAACAUGGAAAAAAAAUGUGUGCAGAAAAAUUCAUAUUUGUUAGAUCAUUGUCUGAAGAGGUGAAAGAAAAAAACUUAAAUACAAAAAUUGCCGAAUGUGAUUUAAUAUAUGACAUAUUAGAGAAAUUUAAGUCACUAAAAUAUAGAAAUUUAAUAAAUAAUAGGGAAAUUGAUUCUUACCAUAAAAGAAAAAAACAAAAAGAAAAAAAAUUACAGGAUAAAAUUAUAAGACAGAAAAUGAAGGAAUAUUAUAAAUUGAAAGAUAAAUUAAUUAUUGAUAAAUCAUUUGGUACACCAGAGUAUAAUGAAGUAAUAGCACGUAUUACAAAAACAAAAAUAAAAGAUAAAUUAUAUAAAAUGAUUUUUAAAGGAAAAGGUUUUUGGAGAAACCUAUCAUAUACUAUACGUACCCUAGGUGUUGCUUCUGCUGUGACUUUGUAUUUAGGUAUUAUUGGUGCAUCCUGUGGAUUAUCCGGUUGGGUUGCUGUUCUUGGUAUUUGGAGUGUUUUUGUAUUUUUACUCAUUAUUAUAAUUGUAGGAACAUGGUUUCUUGCUACAUGGCUAUGGCCCCAUAGGGAUACAUAUAAUGAAAAAUAUAGAGUAUAA